CUGUCACAAGCACCAUUCUAUCUGUUUCGUCACAAGGUCGCUCUCAAGCUGCAAGUGGGAGAACAACUCCGUAUGCUGCAUCUGCCGAAGAUCUAGAGGAAGCUGCUCGAGAAAUAGUGCGCAUACAAGACGACAACGAGAAGUUGAUCGUGAAGCUCGCAGAAGAAGAGAUCAAGCGGCAAGAAGUAGAGCUGAAGUUGAGGGCAGCAGAAGAGAAGUGCCUGCUCAUCGAGCAGGAGGUCCGGGAGGAAUGCUGGGCUGAAAUGGAGGAGAAGAUGGAGGAAGAAAGAAAGAGAUGGCAGCAUGCGUGGGAUCAACAAGUUGGCCACAACCAAGAACAUCUUGAUAAGAAGGUCGAGCUAGUCUCUCGAGGAAUCAAGAGUAAGUUUGCCCAAGGUCCUACAUCCGUGUUACAAGGAGCGAUGGCUGAGAAUUUUCCUCCAGUCUACGAAGAUCCGGAACCCUCGGCCGAUGAGAGGAUCGAGGAGUUGGAACGUGAAAACGACAUGCUUCGAAGCAAGAUUGCGGCAUUGGAACGGAAAUUGAUGACUAGGUCCCCGACCAAGAAACCCAAGCCGCAUCUUUUCCAAAACUGCGACUCGACGCACGAUGGCAGUCUGAUCAGCGGCGAGAGUGAUGUGGAAAAUGUGUAUCAGAAAUUCAGCAAGCUGAAACUGGCCGACAGCUACCAAACUCCGUCUACCGCGCCUAAAACCCCGGGGAAGAAGAUGCGUAAAUUGACGGCAAGAAGACGCGAUUUGGGGCCUGAGGAAGAGUUGUAA